GACUCACGCUGCUACUGAGUGCACAUCUAUCAGCAGAUGAUUGGCUGUGAGUGGGAUGAGGAGACUGGAGAGGUCAGAGGUUUUGACAUGUUUGGUUACGAUGGAGAAGACCUCAUCAUGAUGGACCUGAAGACCCACUCAUGGAUCACUCCAAAACAACAAGCUUUCAUCGCCAAACUGAAGUGGGAUCAUGACAGACGUGCUGUAGAAUAUGAGAAGUCCUACUUAACUCAGAUAUGUGUUGAGUGGCUGAUGAAGUAUGUGGACUAUGGGAGGAGCUCACAGCAGAAAACAGAUCUUCCAUCAGUCUCCUUCCUCCAGAAGUCUUCCUCGUCUCCAGUCAGCUGCCACUCUACAGGUUUCUACCCCAACAGAGCAGAGAUGUUCUGGAGGAAAGAUGGAGAGGAGGUUCAUGAUGGUGUGGUCAAAGGAGAGAUCCUCCCUAACAAUGAUGGGACCUUCCAGAUGAGCGUUGACAUCCAUCUGUCAUCUGUUGCUACUGGAGACUGGAACAAGUAUGAAUGUGUGUUUCAGCUCUCUGGAGUCAAAGAAGAAAUCGUUCGUAGACUGGAGAAAACAAGAAUCAGGAGCAAUGAACCAAAUGGAAACAUGUGGAUCAUCCCUGUUGUUGUUGCUGUGGCUGUCCUUGGUCUCAUUGGUGUGAUCGGUUUCAUCCUUUACAAAAAGAAGAACGCCAAGCGUCCACCUUCUCCUAUGGAUAACUCUAGACCCCCAGAGGAAACCAAGUUUCUGCCAGAAGCCUGAAAAGAAC